UGUGAAGUUGCGGCAGUGAGGAAAUUACCCCUGAAAGUGCGGACUGUCAACAGACGCCAGGUGACCGGACCGAGGAGAUGCUGCUAAAACACAACGGGAGUCUUCUUCUGCUCACCGUCACCUGCAUGUGCUUCUCAGGAGGUUUGCUUUGGUCCUACCAAGAAGAAGAUGCCACUGACGGUGAGAAAUGCUCGGAAAAUAAUAUUUCUACCACAAAGUACCCCUGCGUGAAGUCAACGGGAGAGGUUACGACGUGUUACAGAAAGAAGUGUUGCAAGGGCUUUAAGUUUGUUCUGGGCCAGUGCAUUCCUGAAGACUAUGACGUAUGCGCCGGCGCCCCCUGUGAGCAGCAGUGUACCGAUCAUUUUGGCAGAGUGGUGUGUACCUGUUACCCCGGCUAUCGCUAUGACCGUGAGCGUCACAGAAGGCGAGAGAAGCCUUAUUGUCUGGACAUCAAUGAAUGCACAGACAAAAACAUGACUGCAUGCUCUCAGAUCUGCAUUAACUCUGUGGGGAGCUACAGGUGUGAGUGUGAGAAAGGCUACUUCCUGGAAGAAGAUGGGAAAACAUGCACCAAGGGGGAGAGAGUACAUCUCUUUGAGAAGUCUGAUCAUGUCAUGAAUACUGGAACCUGCUCAGCCACGUGUGAUGAUUUCCACCAAAUUAAGAUGUCUGUCCUACAGCUUAAACAGAAGGUAAACAUGUGCGCAUUGGAUUGGUCCAUUUCCCCCCCAAACUCAACAGAAAUAUCACAAAUCUUGCCAACUGAGCUACACAUGUGCAUGACAGCGGUAUGUUAGUUUUCAUUGUGGAACUCAAAAAACUGUUUUUUGUGUAAUACUUCAGGAGAUCCAGGACCAGAAGGCCCUCCAGGAAUUUCAGGACAGACGGGGCCCCCUGGACCACCUGGCCCCAGAGGCUUAAUGGGACCCAUUGGACCAACACCCGACCUGUACCACAUCAAACGAGGCCCUCGGGGACCUGUGGGGCCUCCAGGAGCACCAGGAAAAGACGGUCUAAAGGGGGACAGAGGAGCUCCUGGGCCUGUUGGACCACCAGGCCCUCCAGGAUCCUUUGAUUUCCUGCUUCUGCUGAUGGCAGACAUCCGAAAUGACAUCGCAGACCUGCAGAGCAAGGUGUACGGUCGACCUAUGCACUCUCUAGAGGAGGACUUUCCCACAGUCCCUGACAGCUGGAGACAAAACCAGGACCCUUUAGAUAUGGGCUCGGGUGAGGACUCUAAGGAAGCGCUGCCUCGAACAGGCGGGGGGCCAAACAGGAACAGGAAGAGGAAACCAACACGAGAGAGAACAGAGUGAACAAACUGGAAUGAAUGAAAAAGUACAAAAAAUACAUUGUCUUUGGUGUGAAUAUUGAAAUGAUCUGCCUUCUUAUUUAACUUCUUAAAAAAAGAACAUAUUUUAUGCUGUUUGAUUACAGAUUGUCUAUUUUUGUAUGAUAUACAAAAUUUCAUCUAUUUUUUAACAAAAAUGAGUAGACUGUGCCAACGCAUGCUUUUUUAUUGCAUAUUUUCAGAAACCUACUGUUCCUUUAUAGCACAUUAAAGAAGUCUCUCAUAAAAACAGUUUUUUUUUCUCUUUAACUGUAAACAAUCGGCAGGUGUUGCAUCAUCUUUGUGCUUGCAGGAAGAAUUAAAGCAGCGAAAUAUAGAAUUUUACUUUUUAACCUUAGUGCAUUGAGUCUCAUCUAUUGCAUGCCUCAUUGUCAUUUUUAAAAUUUUGUUUUACCAAAAGUAAUGAUUCAAAGAAAUUUUGGAAAUACUGCUGUAGUAGCAGCUGUGAUCAGAGGUGCAACUGUGGAUUAUCGGUAAGUGUUUUAAAUGUCACUGAAAUGACACCGCACCUUAUCUAAUACAGCGUUCCUCGAGGUCUUUGUUGGCCUUUUAAAUCUUAAGAAGUUUUUGACUUCUGUCAAGGAGGUGCCAUUUUUUCUGUGUAGUUUUGAAUGAAUUCUCAUAAAACUUUGUUCCGAUAAAGACGAAAUGAAUACAUACCAAAUAUUCCCUUAAAAGUGAAUACUGCCCAGAGAGUGAGCUGUCUUGGUGGAGGUUUGCGCUCUCACAGUGGUUCUUGUUUUGUAAUGUUUUGCUACCCAUAAGAACUUCAAAGUGAGAACAGUUUUGUUUUUUCAUAAUUUAUUUCUAGUUUUUGCAAAAACAAAAAACAGGUGCAUAUUUGUUAUCAGAGCUUCCUUUGAUAUACGCAGUGACACUGCGUGCUGUGGUGUUAGUUGGAGGGCUGCGUUAGGCACCAGAGCAGCCUUCUGGUGCCUAACCAUAGCCUGUAACUUGAUCAUUUUAAAGUAAACUUCUUAAAACUGAAUUAUAUCUCCUGCCAUGGACACCAGACUAAAGUUUCUGUGCCUACAGCUCAUUAGUGGCUUGUUUAAAACUCGGAAUAAAAACCACUGCGCUUGUAUAUCUGAUCUAAUAAUAAACCAACCAAAGUAAAGCCUUCUCUGCAAGCAGGCAACUUUCAGAGGGCAGUGUGAAUGUCAGCUGACUGAAUUUCUAAAAUGUUUUAAUUUUAUUUCUCCACCAGAGGGAGACCUUCUCAAAGCAAGAGAUCCAAAGCAGUCUGAUGUUUAAAAAGAAAUUUUAUUUUUAACCGACCUGUUGAUUUGUUGGCAGAAAACAGGGCAAUUUUUCAAGGCUGGAGAAUUUUUUUUUAAAAAACUGUUCAUCCUUGAUUAACAUCAUGAGACUAAUAAUCUCCAAAACGAGAAUGUUAUUUCCUGAUCUUUGUGGAUUUCAAUAUCAAUUCUGUCUGAUGACCAGGCAUAUACAAGCCUUAGGAAACAAAAAAAGAGAAAAGAAACGUCUGGCUUGACUCAUCUGUACAUGUUUUUUUGUUUGUUUGUUUGUUUUAUUUAUUUUAUGGUGUUUGGUGUUUUGAUUUUUUUUGCCAUUAUCCACAAUAAUCCCAGCCACAUCCACACACUAUGAACGAUUUUGAUAGCAUUCUCUUACAUAUUACCACCAAAUAUUACCAUUAUGUGGUGCCACUCACUCUCUGGUUGAGUUAACCUGAUUUUAUAUGACAUUAUUAUCCAUUCCUUAUUUAAUAAAGAAUAACCAUAAAAAAGGA